AUGGCGCCACCAUCCUCAUCCUCAUCCUCCUCCCCCCCCUCUCCCUCCCCCGAAACCCCGCUCCCCUCGUACGCCGCCUACAAGUUCUUCAGCGUCACGUCCCCCGCGCCGUUCGUCGCGCACGUGCAGAUCCAGCGGCCGGACAAGCUCAACGCCUUCUCCGAGGCCAUGUGGCUCGAGUUUGGGCGCGUCUUUGGGCAGCUCAGCGGGGACGCGGACGUGCGGGCCGUGGUGCUGACGGGGGCCGGAGAGAGGGCCUUUACGGCAGGGCUGGAUGUCCAGGCCGCGGCUCAGGACGGGAACUUGACGGGUGCUGCAAACGGCGGAAAGGUGGAUGCGGCGAGGAGGGCCAAGGCGUUGAGGGCGCAGAUUGAGGAGUUUCAGGGGAGUAUUGGGGCGAUGGAGAAGUGUGAGAAGCCCGUCAUUUGCGCCAUGCAUGGCAUCUCCCUCGGCCUGGCCAUCGACAUUGCCUGCUGCGCCGACAUCCGCAUCUGCGCGUCCAACACGCGCUUCGCCGUCAAGGAGGUGGACAUUGGGCUCGCGGCGGACAUUGGCACGCUCGCGCGGCUGCCCAAGCUCGUGGGGUCGACGUCGUGGGUCAAGGAGGUGUGCCUGACGGCGCGCGACUUCUCGGCGCAGGAGGCGCUCGCCGUCGGCUUCGUGAGCCAGGUGCACGAGGGCAAGGAGGCGACGGUGCGGGCGGCGGUCGGGCUGGCGGCGGCGCUGGCGGGCAAGAGCCCCGUGGCGGUGCAGGGGACCAAGGAGCUGCUCAACCACGCGCGGGACCACGGCGUGGCGGAGAACCUGAGGUAUACGCAGCUGUGGAACUCGGCGGCGCUGCAGGGGGAGGAUUUCCCGGCGGCGAUAUUGAGUGUUUUGAAGAAGCAGAGGCCGACGUUUGCGAAGCUGUAA